CACAAAUACCAAGAAUAUACAAUAAAUCCAAACGAUUCAUCACAAUUCAAAAAGACCGAUUGGCAAGAUACAAAAAGCCCCCAAUCAUCCAGAAAAGAACUCUUCAAGAGGAAGUGCGUGGUCUGAAAACACGUUUGGAUCAGCGGUUGGAGCAAAUGGUAUCUCAGCUCAAGACAAUCAAGAAUCUGCAAAUAGGACUUUGCCAAAAUCAAAUCGAAAUACGGGAAGUUCUGUCUGUUGGGCUUAUAGAGAGUUUAGCCGAUUCCAAACGCGAGCUUCAAACAAAGAAAGACAUACUCGAGCAAGAAAUAUUGCAGAAAAAUCACAUCGCACAGACACUUGCAAAUCGUGAGGUGGAGGCAAAUUGUCAUGCAGAAGCUAUUCUGCUACUAAAAGCCGGAAUCGAUACUGCAAGAAGAAGAAGAGAAGUGCGUUUUGAGUCAAUUGAUGCACCGGAGCAAAAGCUAAUGGACGAUUCACAAAAAGAAGAAGAACUUAUUGAACUUGCAGAAGAGCGUUGUGCAAGAUCGGAAGUGACCAUCUCAGAUACCGAUACUUCAUCAUUAAAUUGACUCCGGCCGACUCCGACCAACUCCGACCGACUCCGACCGACUCCCAACGACUCGGUGCACUCAAGAAAGAGAAGGACACCAAAAAAACCCAAACGGAUUUCAAAGAGCCAGGACCAUUCAAAGAUCCACGGCUGCCUCGGACGCCGCUCCAGGCGAACUCAACAGCGCACUCAUCAGACAUUCGUGGCUACAAAAAACUGCGGUUCUAUGCUGAGACGGAGGCCCA